UUAACUGUUCCCCCUACGGAAACUUUUUGAAAUUGCACCGCAACGUUCACGUGUAAACAACUUGUAUGAUUUUGUUCUCCAUACUUUAUAUAGACAUAUUUCUUGUCAUACGUGUCGCUUCAGUAGUCAAUAAUAAGAAACCGUAAAUCAGCAACUAGUUUAAUCUUCAAAUACAUCCACCUUAUUUGGAGUGAAUAUGGCUUCACUAUCACAACAGGGCGAUGAUAGCGACGAUGGCAUGGACGACUUUAUGGAUAAAUUCAAGAAAGAGAAAUAUAGCAACGCCUUUUCCGAGAAGAACUGGGAAGAGGAGUUCGAUAAGGUGCCUAUGUUCAUGAAGACAGCGCCUGAUGAGAUUGACCCCAUGAAACACCCGGAGCUGGCUGCUAUUCAGUCCAUCAUCCACGACGAUGACAGACCACUAAAGGAGCAAGCUGAGAGCCUGAAAGAUGAGGGGAACGACUACUUCAAAGAGAAGAACUACAAGAAAGCUAUAGUGUCCUACACAGCCGGACUGAAGAAGAACUGCAGUGACUCUAAUGUCAAUGCCAUCCUGCUCACUAACCGAGCGGCAGCACACUUCCACCUGGGUAACAUGCGCUCUGCACUGAAUGAUUCUGUCACUGCAAAGAAGUUUAAACCAGACCACCUCAAAGCAUUAAUUAGAGGUGCCUCGUGUUGUAUGGAGCUGAAAAAAUAUACAGAUGCCCUGCUGUGGUGUGAGGAGGGGCUCAAGCUACAGCCCACAGACAAGAAGCUACUGGAGCUGAGAGCUACAGCAGAUAAACACAAGAGAGCAGCAGAGAGAGAUGCAAGGAAGGUGAAGGUUAAAGAAAAGAAGGAGCUCAGUGAGAGAGAGGCUCUGCUGGCUGCUAUAAAGGAGCGUGGGAUCAAGUUACUGAAGCCUAAGCAGCGUCCUAAGCGCAGCUCUGACAGUGAGGAUGAUAAUAGAGGCUCUUCUAGAGCCAUGGCAGGCCUGGACCUGGACGGUCUGUGUUCUGUGGAGGCCACAGGGGCCACAGUGUUCCUGGAUGAACAGGGUGUCAUGCAUUGGCCAGUCCUCUUCCUCUACCCCGAACACCAACAAACAGACUUCAUCUCAGCCUUCAGUGAAUCCUCCAGCUUUCUUGAUCACCUGACUCUCAUGUUUGGAGAGGAACUCCCACCUUGGGACACUAACCGGAAGUACUCUCCCCAAAACCUCCAGCUGUUCUUUGAAGAACACGAGAAAGAGUCCUUGUAUCAAGUCAAUCCAGAGACGCCUCUCAUUAAAAUCCUUCAGCAUAAAAGGUGUUUUGUAAAAGCAGGAACUCCCAGCUUUGUCAUUCUGGUAAAUGGGUCGCCGUUUUGCGAGAAGUUCUUAUCAGAAAGGAAAACACAUCGACUGUAAUGGCACACCUCAUUAAUCAGCCUAGACCUGUCAAUCUCACAGACUACUGGUAUGAACUCUUUCCCACCAAUCGGAAAGGACUGCUCUCCACUCCCUGCCCAAAGUAUAUAUAAAAGUGUAGAUUUGGUUAUUUAAGAGAAGAAGAGAUUAAUGUUAUGGGAGCCUUUACAUUGUUCCAGAUAUCUCCAACAUACUCUGUGAUUGGCAAGAUUGCGGUAUUCAUUUGAUCAAAUUCUAUAUGAGUGUUUAUCUGGGAACCUGUUAUAAUCAAGUCACCAUGUCACUAUUACUAAAAGGCCUUACAACAAAGUA